UCUCUCUCUAGACUUUUACUAAACACGCGUAGUUUCUCUCUCUAUAUCUUUUUCCAUUUCUGUACAUAUAUGACCGAAUCCUCCUGAUUUUCUCUCCCUAAUUUGACCGUCUCUCUCGACGUUAUGGAGACGGCGAUGCAGGUGGAGGAGCUAACUUCCGGUGCGAGUGGUCGCAUAAUUCCGCUAUUCAAAAACCUCCGGCAGUCAACCAUUUCCUAUAAUGCCUUCAGAAAAUCCGUCCUGUUAAUCUACUCGUUUUUUGUAUGGAUCGUCCUGAUACUCCCCCGCCGCCAUCGCCGGUCUUCCUCCGCUACCGCCUCUGCUCCUCAGUCCCCCAGGGAGGCGGCGGCUUCCCGGAGUAAGUUUGGUCUACGGAGAGACGAGGAGGAUACAAUAAGGCGUAGGGCACUCGCGGAGGGUAUAGAGAUGAUGGCGGAGGAUACUGGUGACUGGAACAGCCGGUGCCAGUGGAAUACGUUUCUGUUUAACGGUGCGCGACGGAAUGCGCUGUUCUGCAGGUCGUGGUUCCCGGUUUCCGGUGAAUUAAAGCCAUUUUCCAUUUUCAGGGGUAUUUUGAUCAUCAUACAUGGGCUUAACGAGCACAGUGGACGCUACAGUAAUUUUGCCAAGCAAUUGAUCUCGUGCAACUUUGGGGUCUAUGCAAUGGACUGGAUAGGUCAUGGAGGAAGUGAUGGAUUGCAUGGAUAUGUGCCUUCAUUGGAUCACGUUGUUGCAGACACGGGGGCUUUCCUGGAGAAUGUUAAAUUGGAGAACCCAGGUGUACCAUGUUUUUUGUUUGGUCAUUCGACUGGAGGAGCAGUAGUUUUGAAGGCUUCUUUGUAUCCACUUAUAGAAGAAAUGUUGGAGGGGAUCAUAUUGACUUCACCAGCAUUGCGCGUUAAGCCAGCCCAUCCUAUUGUUGCUGCCGUGGCACCAAUAUUCUCACUGGUGGCUCCGAGGUUCCAGUUUAAAGGUGCUAACAAGAGGGGCAUUCCAGUUUCCAGGGAUCCUGCAGCACUCUUGGCCAAGUACUCCGAUCCAUUGGUCUAUACUGGACCCAUAAGGGUCCGAACAGGCCACGAGAUUUUGCGCAUCUCAUCUUACUUGACGCGCAAUUUCAAGUCUAUCACCGUCCCCUUUUUCGUCCUUCAUGGAACAGCUGAUAGAGUCACUGAUCCAAAGGCUUCUCAGGAUUUGUACAAUGAGGCAGCAUCCAAGUUUAAGGACAUAAAACUCUAUGAAGGUUUCUUGCAUGACCUCCUGUUCGAACCUGAGCGAGAAGAUAUAGCCCGGGAUAUCAUCGAUUGGAUGGAGAAGCGAUUAAGUCUCGCGUGAUCCAGAAUAUGCCAGUAGUUGUUGGUAAACUCAAAUCUGAAAAUGUAUUUAUUUUGUUGAUCAUAGAAUUGGUGGGGAAGAUUUAUGAUCUAUAGGCUAUAGCUCUGGAUUUAGUCCUUAGGCAUUCACCAGAAACUGCUGUAGUAUAGACUAUGAACCUUAAAUGUAUUAUAUUUUGUAGCAAAAACUAAGUUGUUUCCUAUACGACUAAAGUCUCAACAUCUUGGAAA